UCUCCUUUAAUGCAGUUUCCAUAUCCAUUUGAAAAAUGAGAUGGCAGCACAAGGAGACACUUCCUUUUUCACCUUGAUUUGUCUCAGACUAAAGCCUCCUCACAUCAAGGAUGCUGAUCCUUCUGGCUUUCAUUAUUGUGUUUCAUAUAACCUCAGCAGCGCUGCUGUUCAUCUCAACUAUUGACAAUGCCUGGUGGGUAGGAGAUAAUUUUUCUACAGAUGUCUGGAGAAUUUGUGUCACCAAUACCACCACCUGUACAGCUAUUACUGAUCAAUUCAAUGAUUAUCAAUCAAUUCAGGCUGUUCAGGCCACCAUGGUCCUGUCUACUAUUUUCUGUUGUGUGGCAUUUCUGGUUUUCAUUCUUCAACUCUUCCGCCUAAAACAAGGAGAAAGAUUUGUGUUAACUUCUAUUAUCCAGCUCCUGUCAUGUCUGUGUGUUAUGAUUGCAGCUUCCAUUUAUACAGAUAGGCACGAAGAACUGCACAAGAGAAAUGAAUAUAACAUUGAAGUUUCUCAAGGCCAGUAUGGCUAUUCCUUCAUCUUAGCUUGGAUUGCAUUUGCCUUUACUCUGAUCAGCGGUGUUAUGUACCUAGUAUUAAGGAAGCGGAAAUAAAACAUCAGCAGCUAGUUGUUUCUGUCACUACAGUACAAAACCAAAUUCCAGUAACCAUUUUGUAUAUAAUCAUUUACAUGGUUUUGUAGUAAAGCUAUUGUUUCUCUAAAAA